AUGGCUGUGCGCCGUAAACUUGAGGCCAUAUCACAGCCCACACCAGCGGUACCGGUAAAGAGGGAAAAGGUAUUAACAUCAAGUCAAGCUACCUCAACGAUUGAUUCGACGAAUCAAAACUCUGACACCGAUAUGAAAAGGAAACUAUUCGACAACAAUGGCGAAGAAAAUGAAAGUAAAAAACGCAAAAGCUUAGAUGCCGCCACAGAGGAUACGAAAACUCAAAACCCCAACAAAUCAUUUGAGGGUGUGGGAAAAACCAUUCUUACCAUGUCAUUGGAAAGUUUAAAAUCACCACAACACACCUAUACCAUGGAUUUCCCAAAGGAGACAGAGAAAAACUCCUGUCCUCUAAAUAAAUCAUUUCACAGUUCUCAGGAAAAAGCUUUGGAUUCCGAGGUGGAGUUAUUGGGAAAAGCUAAAUCGAAAUUUAAAUCAUUGGAGAGUAUUGUUUCCAAUUAUUCCAGUUCAUCUUUGCCCAUACCUCUUAUAUCCAAUACUCUAACCGAGGUAUCAUCAUUGCGUACCGAAUCUAGACACACUUUUGCCUUGUCUCGUGUUAACUCCAAACAAAGCCAAUUGAAUACCGAGGAUGAAGUAACCUCUAUUUCAUCGCAAAUAUUUAGCAGCCCCGAAAAGAAAUAUUCCAAACAAUAUCAAAGUGAUUUUGAAUUUAUAAAACCCAGACCUGUGAGUCCUUUAUCUUUGGAAAAGGUGGAGAAUCUAAAGAUAAAAAGUAAAACCCCAUCUCACCAUGGUAUCUGUGAGGGUAGUGAAGAAGAUAAGGAGUUACACUUUUCCCAAUUACUGGAUGAUUUCAAUCGUAGCCUGUCCCAGGUCAUACAAGUCAAUGAACAAUUGAAGUCUACCUUGGAUAAAUCAUCACGUAUUCUAAGUCCUCGCAGCAAUGUUGCUAGAAAUUCCAACAAGGAAUUAUUGGAUAGACAACAAUAUUCUUCAGAUUUUGAAAAUUCCUCAGCCACAUCACCGGCUAAAGAUAAAUUGAAAUUAUCGCUGGAAAAUACAAAUGAACGGCUGAAAAGUCGUAAAAGGCAGUUAUUUGAAAUGGCCAAUAAAGUCAAGCCUUUGUUAAUGUCACCAGGAAAAGAGGCGGUGGCGGGGGACAGUUCUUUGCUUACAAAUGAGCAUAGUGGAGAUUCCUUGGAAACGCCACUGCCCCAAUUGGAUUUAAAUUUACAAAUAAAUUCUAGUACAAUUCGUACAACAUCAACAGAUAAUCAAAUUUCUGCUGAAGAAGAAGAAGAGGUGGAUGAAAGCACCCUUGAAGGUAAUGAUGAUGCUGAUGAAAUAGAAAAUCUUACCAUGGAAAGUCGAGAUUAUGAAAAAAGACUUAAUAUGAUCGAACAACUAAAAGAGAAUUUAAAACAAUCAAUAAAAGAUUCGCAAAAUAAUCGAACACCCAAAACUAAUAAAGCAGCGGAGGAGGAGGAUUCCACAAUUUCGAUACACAACAAAAAAUCAAAUAUGUCUGUCUAUACCUCAGAAGAUGGUAGAGAAACAUUACAAGAAGUUAAAGCUAAAUCUGCUGCUUCAAUGGAAUCUAGAAAAUCGGGAGAAACUAGAAAUUCCGCGAAAAUUAAAACAACUGAAAUCGUCGACUAUACCGAUUGUAAAGAUAAAGAAGAUUUAAUAUUGAAAUAUACCAAAUCUCUGCAGGAAGAUAAUGGCAAUGAAGAAACCAUAAUUCUAUACAAACGUAAUAGUAAGGGAACGCCAAGGACACAUUCCACAUCUAUAGAAUCCGCAAAUAUAGUUUCGUCAAAUGAAAGCUAUGACUCUACGACAAGUCGUCAAUCCCAUGUUGAAGAGAAAACGUCUAAACAGAGUAAGAGUCAAAGUCAAAAGCGGGAUUCAAGGACUGAAAUAUAUACCCUUGGCUCAAAGAGUGACAUUAUGACUGGACGAAGGAGUAACAAAAGUGUUGAAAAUAAUUCCAGCACCUCAAAAUCAAGAAAUCAGCACACAAACUCCUCAAUAUCAGAGGAUAUACAAAAAAUACAAGAAUUAUCCAGCAAAGAUAAUAAUGAAAAUCCACCACCUACACUUCCUUCUCGAACGACGAAAUCAAAAUCUAAAACCAAAUCGCAUUCAGAUAAUGCCACAAGCUUUAUCAACUGCCACAUAAAUCGAUCACGUGGUGACUUCCAAGAACUCAAUAGUAAAGAGGCCACAUUGAAUGAAACGCAAUUUCAUUUGGCCAUCCGGUCCUCGCAGACCACUCACAGUUGCACUGAAUUGUCACAAAGUGCCGAUGAUGAAGUUACCACCACCACCUCUACAACUACGAGCAGUAUAAAAUCAAUUAUGAAAAAACAAUCCAACAAUAAUUACUCCUCAAAUCCUCCAAGUUAUAAUGCCGUUACCAACAAUAAACAAAAAUCAUCCAAGGUUCUAAAUCCGGGCAUAGCUUUACUUUCCCCCUCAAAAUCAUCACGGCGCAUAUCGAUCGGAACCGAAAUUGUAAAUUUCUUUCAUCAGUAUGAGAAUGAGCGGUCAGCAUUACAAGUGCAGUGCAACAAUGAUACAAUGUCAGAGUCUUCGCUAAAUUAUUCCAAUGUUGGAUUGUACGAUAAACUAAUACAAAAUGAAAUGAACAAAACUCAGCAUUUAACGGCCCUAUUGAAAAUGCGCGAGAAAGCCUUAAUGGAUCGCACCAAAGGUCAAAUUGCAUGGCUAGAGGUUCAAAAAGCCCGCUAUAAGGCCAAAGGUUUAUUGGGCAAUAUUGCGGCCAUUAAAAAGAAACAACGCGGAAUUUUGCUGAAAAUGGAAAAAGAACGCGAAGAAAUUAAAAGGUAG